AUGGAAGAAGGAAUUUUGUUGAUUGACGGGAAUGCAGGUGGGAUUGGAAUGAGUUUUGUAUUUGGUUGGAGGGAAGCACAUCAUAGAGAAGAAUCUGUUCAGUUGAGCAUCCUGUGUUUCCAUGGUAAUGAGUGCAGUAUUCUGGGUGGUACCCCAUUCCGAUUUUACUAUGACAGUGCAUUCUAUAUGGCCCAGUUCCUUGUGGAGAGUGUAUACAACGUCACUGCAUUAGACGACCUUGAACUUAUCCGAUCAGACUACUUUGAUCUUUCUAACGAGAUUCUGGACACUUUGGAUGACCGACUCCAGAAAGCGUUAAAUUUCUUGGACAUACCAGACUGGUGGCAUUUACUGGGAUCUACCUCCCCACUGGAGAAUCCGGAUAACCAGACGAGGGAAACUUUGUUACAUUUCACAGCACGAUUAGGGUUAAACAAAGUCACACUCUUUCUGCUCAACAAACCAGGGAGUGAACAGUGCUUAUCCAUAUCCAAUCCUCUUGGAAACCUGCCGAGGGAUAUAGCUGCUGAACAGGGCUUCACUGACCUCAGUGAGAUACUAACAGAAUACAACUCUCACUUUGUUAAAGUAGAAAACAAACCUAUAAAGACCAAUGAGGGCAUCAUCAGUUACUAUGACAACCGAGAGGUCUCCCUCAGCACGUACCUGCAGAGAUCUUUAGUUGAAGAAGCUCAGAUUCUUCAUAAAUUGGUGGAGACAUUUGAAAAAUCUGGAAUUCCAUCCUAUGUGCGCCAAUCAGAAACAGCCUGGCCAGGAACAGAAGAAAUGGACACAGAUAAGCAGAGAGCAUUUGAGGAUCAAACUGAUAGUAAACUGAGGGCUAUCAUUCUGAAAUCCAAAGAUCUCCAAGUUUUUAUGGAGGCACUUGGUAGCAAUGAUGGUAGCAGUGAUAAUAUAAUUGAUCUCGACUCUCCUGCAAGGUCACUGGAGGAUCUCUCAGACACACCCUCCGACAGGGAUACAGAAAUUCAUGAUGGCUGCCAAGCUUAUGAAAGCAGUUUAUCUGGUCUACACGGAUUUAACCAGCAGCUGCUUCAACAGAGGGACAGUAACAGAAACACUUUAAUAGCACAGGAUGUUCUUAGAAAAGACAAGUUGUCCAGAUUUAGUUCAUCCUGUCCAUCACUUGAAGUAGAGGGACUUCUACCGUCUGGUAUAGAUGAAGAUCACCACAAUUCUAUGCUUAACUUGUCAAAAGAUGAGGAGCAUGCAGGCGCGUCCCCACAGUUGGCCCAGGAGUCACCCUCCGAUAGUGAGGAGACCACAGAUAGCCCCUACAUCACAGAACCCUCCCAGGACACAAGCGUCCAGAUCUGUAUAAACGGCAUCACUGUCGAUCACUCCAGUGAUUUUACACUUGAUGCCAGCUUGAACCGCUUUUUGCGGGAUUUUUACGGCGGCAACACUCCUGGAGUUCGAAGAAGAAGUUGGGGUGGCAACUUUUUGGAGGGCCAGAAACUCCAGGUUCGCCAUGCCAUACAUGAAGGGUCACUCAGUGCAAAGAGUAUGAGCCUGAACAGUCUGGAUGGUGAUGAAGACACAGAAGAUGAUGAUUUUGUGGAUGCUAAAGAGCCACCCACCACACACGUGUCCCAGGGAGGUCAGGAGGCAGGGCUAGAGCACCCUGGAAACAGCCCCUCACACAUGGACGCACUAAACAUUUCGCCGGGGGAAUCACCUUGUUCAAGUCCUAAUAACCAGGACAUGCCUGAUGCCAGUAUAUAUACCUCACCAGAUCCAGGUGAAACUUUAGUGAGAACCUUGUACGGCCUGAAAAAGGAACUCAUCUCACCCAGAGACAGAAAGUCUCACCAACUACAGCAGGAAUUAGGAGGACAGAGCGGUGAAUCAGCAGAUGAAGAUUCCAGAAUUCUGACAGUUCCACAUUCCAAUAUUACCAAAUCCUUGUCCACCCCCUCUAUACCUGCAGCUGUUUCACCAGGUGAAAGAAAAGUACACAAAGACCCUAAACAAAACGAUGUUCCAACUUAUCUCCUCAUACAAAAACUCAUUGAAGAACAUGACGCACAAUUUCGUCGUCAAGAUGAAAUAGAGGAAGAUGAUGAUGAGAAUACAAAUCGCCUUCUUGGACAGAGUGACAGUCGGAGGCGGUCUCAAGUGUCACUCAUUGACUUUCUGGCUGAUUCUUCAAAUCUAGAGGAUUCAUCCAAGUCCAGGAAAGAAGAAAAGAAACGAAAGCCUAGUGUCUUCUCUCGUCUUCAAAACAGUUACAGGACAAAAAAGCACAAAGAUAAGGAGAAUAAAGGCAAGUCCACCCACCAGUUUGUGUCUGUAUCCUUCAGUAAUUCCACCGCUUGUCAUGUAUGUCGAAAAUCCAUGGCCAAUAAACCUGCCGUACGCUGUGAAAAUUGCCUUGUAAAUGUACAUGAGAACUCCUGCAAGGAGCAGAUAACUCCAUGUGAUAAGGGCCGAAUUCCAAAGGUGCCUCCCCAGCUUACCCGGGAGUCAGCUGUACAGAUGACGAACGUAACACUGAGAGAGAAACAGUCCUCAUCUCUACCAACCUCGGUUGCAGGUUUACGCCAAAGUCAUUCCUUUAAGGAAAAGCGUUCAUCUUCUGGGCCUGCUGGUCGUAGUCAGGUAACAUCUGCGCCUCUGUCUACGGUUACUCCUCAGCCACACCCAUCUCUGUUCUCUAUCCCUGAUACUGAAUCUGUUCCAGAGACAUCAGCAGCUCAGCUGCAGCAACACAGAAGAAGUUUACCUACGUCCAGCAAGCCAAUCAGUGAAGAUGUGGAUCCUUUCCUUGGCCAGGAGUCUGGGUCAAAUAUUACAGACACAAUAUCGGAGUCCCUGGAAUCUCUGGAUGACACAGACGCACCUUCUGAAGUUAACGAUAAUUACGACGACGAGCUCUUGAUGCUCCGAUACGAUGAAGCAGAGACUUGGAGUGGCUCAAUUGAUAGAAAAAUAAUUAAGAAAAUGAGCCACAAAGAUAUUAAGCGACAAGACACAAUAUGGGAAUUAAUACAGACAGAACGACACCACUGCAGACGGUUAAAGAUCUUACAACGGGUCUACAGUCACACAAUCCUGGACGAGCUUCAUAUGCCACAGGAAGUCGUGGAUCGUCUCUUUCCCAACCUUGAUGAUCUCAUAGAAAUUCACAUGACAUUCCUUCACAGCCUGCAGGACCUCCAAAAUCUCCGACCUGACCACAGUGUGGACCAGAUCGGAGAGACUAUCGUCAAUCAGUUUGAUGGAGAAUCUGCUGAGCAGAUGAAGGCAGCCUAUGGAGGGUUUUGCUGUCGACAGAAGAGCUCUAAUCUAUAUUAUAAAGAUCUGCUAACGAAGGAUCGGAAAUUUCAAAGUUAUAUGAAGAAGUGCAAUAAUCAUACAUUAUGUAAUAAAAGAGAAAUACCUGACUUCCUUUUGGCUGUGACACAGAGACCUUCCAAAUAUCUCACACUGAUAGAGGCCAUUCUUAAAAGUACCAAAGAUAAAAAGGACAGAGAAAACUUAAUAAAGGCUUUAAAUUUAAGUAGAGAUCUCCUGCAUAGUAUAGAUGAGCAAGUUAACCGGUAUGAAUUACAACAACGUCUCGAGGAAAUUCACACAAAGAUGGACCAGAGAGCUGUAGCCAUAUACAAAGGCAAGAAGUUCAAGAGGUCAGAUAUUAUAGCCAAUGAAAGGUGCCUUUUACAUGAAGGGUCAGUCCAACUGAAGAAUGCUCGUGGUAAAGUAACAGAUGCCAUUUUGGUGGUCCUCACAGACCUAAUUUUCUUCAUGCAGGAGACUAAUGGCAAAUACAACUUUUUUUCCCAGGACAGUAAGUCCAGCGUGAUUCCUCUCUUCCAACUGCUGGUCAGGGAGAAGGGGGACACUCGGGCUGAUAGCCGGGGAAUUUACCUCAUCAGCCAGAACAAACAGAACCCAGAGAUGUACGAGAUUAUCUGUGCCAACAACAAUUACCGACGAAACUGGAUAGAGGUGCUGAGACAGGCCACCGACGGCUGUCCUCCUGAGGAAGUGGAAGAGAUUCCCAAUGAAGAGGAUGAAGAACAGAAACGAUUAAUGGAAGCGAGGGCGGCCAAGGUCAAGGACAUCAUAGAACAACUACAUCACAAGGACAGAGAGAUCAAGAUUUGUUGUGAUGACAAGAACAAACUGAUGAUGGAACUGUUAGAGAUGUACAGCUGGAAGAAGGCCACACCAUCAGCAGAGGAUAGCACAGAACACAUGGAUGCUCUUCAGACAGCCAUACAGGAAGUGUCAGCCACAGCAUCACGGCUCACCACCAUGCUACAGGGAUCUGGGUCUCACUUGAGUCGACAUGUGAGUAGUGUUGGUGAACAUGUGAGUUCUGGCUUUUCGCUGACACCCCUACCAAAGAGGGCUGAGACAUUUGCUGGCUUCGACAGCUCAUUUGAUGUACCUAAAGCAUGUGUUCCAAAGAAGAAAUAUCUGGCUGAACUCCAGGAUUUAGAAGGUCGUAGUGGAAGUCCUCAAAAUGUUGACAGCGACUCAGAAAUAUGUCCAGUUACAGAAUCCUCAACAUAUGAAAAGACUGCCGAAGCAGAUGAUUCUCUGGACAGCACACGACAGUAUGAUCAUUACAGUCACAGUGAGGCUGGAUCUCUGGGCGAUAUCUCCGGGUCCUCCACACAAUCCAAUAUAAUCCACGGAGAAAAUCACCUGGCAUCCAUCACCCAGCUGGCCCGUUCACUUCACAGCAUCGUGCAUUUGACAGCCCAACAAGGAACAGCCGUGGAAACCCUGCGAGCUCAGCUGGCUGAGGCUAAUGAACGUAUCAACAAACUAUCAGCAGAGGUCCAUGAACGUAAGGGAGGAUACAGGUACAACCAGUUGGAGGAACUCCGGAAUCUCCAGGAAAUGUUAAGGAAAGAAAAACAAGCAUUUGAAAGAGCAAAGGAGCGUGAGAGAAACUACGCCGAACAAGAGCGCCUGAACCUUGAAGAGAUGAAACAAGCUAUAAAAUUAGAGGAGGAAAAGUUGGAAAUGGAACGUCGUGAGAUUGCAGCAGAGAUUCAAUCACAGAAGGAGGAUCUUCGACAAGAUAAGGAGCGCUAUCAGGCACAGAUUAUGUUGUGGGAAAGUCAACUAAGAAAGGAUGGGCAUUCUAGUGCUCCAGGGGUUUCCCAGCUUAGUAGUUCUGAGUCUUAUGACUCUCACACAGACUUUGGUCAAGUUACCAAAAGGGACAAUUCGCCGAGCAGUGCUCAGGCAAAUCAUAGACGGUCUGCUUCAGCAGAUUUUUGUCAGAUGAUUGAAAAUGACAUGGACAGACUUCGACAGGGAAAUGUGAAAACUUCCCGUCGAGAAAUGGCAACUAGCCGUAGUGAUUCACGGGCUGGUUUGUCAUCUAGUGCUAGUAAAAAGAACCUGCCCGAACAUUUGUUAAGUGCUAAAAAUGAACAGAAAGUGUCUGGAAUUAAAGUGCAGCAGCAGCUUCCAGCACGUAGUGGACUAAGUGGACAGGCGUCCUCCAGCAGUAUAAUGGGUAAGGGUGGUAGUGUACAGCAAGUGCUGCCCUUCAAGCUGGCGGCCAGUGGCAGUAACAGUUCUAUAAACAGUAUCAGUGGUGUAGUGGGACCCCAAAACAACAGUGCUAGUCAGGGACAGAAAUCCUACCACCCACGGUCGAAUAUGAUGCCAAAUAAACAACCGUCAUCUUCGUCAUCUUUGUCCCGCAUCAUGAAGUUAGCAGAGCCUGGCUCUAGCAAGGGCAGAUCAUCCAGUCUGACAUCUGUCCCUAGCCUGUUGCUUGGUGACAAAAGUCAUACACACAAGUCAGCCUCAGUGGACAUCCCAAAUUCAGGGGCUCCCCAAGGGGCAGUUAAUUCAGGGGCUUCCCAAGGGGCAGCUCAGGGAAAGACAGACCAGUCAUCUGAGAAGGCAGAUGAUGAAAUAUAUUGCUAGAAAUUUGGUUUUUCUUGUUAGAGGAUCAAGUAUUCCAGCAAUACUGAGAUGGUUAGAAAGGUGUCAAACUUUUUUAGGAAGGACUGCAUUUCGCCAGAAAAAGCAGAGUCUUCUCAGAGGGCUUUCAUAGACUGUGACCUAAGGAAUUGUUCUCCAAAGUUCAAGGUCAUGAAGAUACUAUCAAUACUCAGGAUUACUAGAUAUCAAAGGAAUAUGGUCUGUCUUAAUGAACUUUGAAACAUCCAGAAGCAACAUCCAAAAUGUAUAUGACCAAACAUUUGUGCAAAUAAUGAUAGCCAAAUGGAUUUUUUUUUAUUUUCAUCAAAAUUUGCCACUUAUUAGUCUGCAAUAAAUCAGACGAGCUAUAAACAGUGUUAGCAGAAAGUGAACAUACUCGUUCAAGAAUGUAGGACAUAAUAAGAACAUGAUUGACAUACUUACCCAUAUAAGGACAUUUCCCACUUAGUGAUAUUUCAUACAAGGACAAUACCCAAUUAGAGAAUGCGGGACAUGACUCGUUGGGUAUUGGUUGACUGAAAAGUUGAAUGACAAUUCUGUUUAUUUCCUUAAUGCCUUGAUCCGAGAUAGGUCUUACGUUUACCCUGUUAAGUUGUUGGUUUGUAAGAUAAUGUUCAAUAGAUCGCUGUUUAUACUGGGUAUUUAUUCGGAAAAGACUGGAUCAGUGUAUAUGAUUACAGUUAAAUGUAUUUAAAAGAAAUAUUUAUGAUUUUGUUUGAUUUUUAGCAAAAAUUGGCAAAAAAACAAGUGAUCUCAUUUGAUAUAUUUACUGGUAUUUGUUCUGUAGUUUGUGUGUUCCUCUACAAUACAACUGUUCCUCUCUACACAAGAUCAGGAAGCUUUCGAGUCAUCCUAUCUACUUCAAAAAUACUGCAUUAAAUUCUAAGAAAUGUUCAACUUUGUACUAUAGAUCUGUUUCUUAUAAAACUACUGGUAUAUAAUUAUAAAAACAUUGUUUAGAUUUCUGGUCAAUGUCAACAUUUUAAGGAAAUAUUUAGAUGACAGAUAUCAUUUGCUAUCAGUUAAAUCCCAACCAGCAGGAUGAUGGAAGCAUCCGAUCACUUCAAUCAAGUUUUUAAUGGACUAUGUAUUUGUGCAAUAAGUCAACAGGAAUAUGUCUUGUUAACAUUUUAGCAUUUAAAUAUGAUUUGAAAACUGUUCUAAUAGUCAUGUGUUCCAAUGAUAUAGAUGAUUUUUUGAAAGUCCAGUUUAGUGUUCCUGUAGCCUUCACAUUAAGGCACUAUCACUAGCACAGAAAUUAUGCUUUGUGAUUGUUCUAAUUUUAAUGCACUAAGGUCACAACAUGUCAAGUCUUUCUCCUAUUUAUUAAUCUGGAGGAGUUGACAUGUCCUCAAGUGUCACAUGAUAUAAAAUUCACGUCAAAAUAGCUCACCAAGUCUUAUUCAGAUGACUUACCAAGCUCACAGGCUCAGCAAAAGGUCACAUAGCAUAUGUAUAGAAUUGGAACUCUUCAGUUUAUGAAGGUGAAAUAGUUUUACUGUUAAAUUUCUCCUUCACUCUUUUCUAUGCAUCAAGUGAUAUUAUAUAACAAGUUAUCUGCUGUUUUCCUUGUGAAAGUCUGUUGUUGCUGGGGGAGUCCGUUGACUACUGACUUACAUGUAUCUCUCUUUGGGAAGUUUGUUGGCUAACGACCUUCCUGUCUCUGGGACAUCUGUUAGCUUCUGACCUUCCUGUCUCUGGGACAUCUGUUAGCUUCUGACCUUCCUGUCUCUGGGACAUCUGUUAGCUUCUGACCUUCCUGUCUCUGGGAAGUCUGUAUGCUACUGACCUUCCUGUCUCUGGGACAUCUGUUAGCUUCUGACCUUCCUGUCUCAGGGACAUCUGUUAGCUUCUGACAUUCUUGUCUCUGGGACGUCUGUUAACUUCUGACCUUCCUGUUUCUGGGACAUCUGUAUGCUACUGACCUUCCUGUCUCUGGGACAUCUGUUAGCUUCUGACCUUCCUGUUUCUGGGACAUCUGUUAGCUACUGACCUUCCUGUCUCUGGGAAGUCUGUAUGCUACUGACUUACCUAUCAUGAGAAACUGUCAGUUACUGACUUUCCUGUCCUGACUUACCAGAACUUUUGUUUAAUAGUGUUGUCAUACACUCUGCCAUUAUAUUGCUGUACAUAUGUGUUCAUAUUUACGGUCCGUAUUUGUACAUGCGCAUACACAUGUAUUUUACACCUGAUUGUGACAAACUCACGGAUUGAACACCUGACCGGCUGUACUAAAUGGAGAAUUUGAAGCCUUUAUCAUUUCGCCCCUGUGAAUGCCCAUUGCGGUGUUUAGGGAUGGAAUAAUCAGGCUGAUUUACUCCAAAGAGAAACUUUAUUCCUAUAUAUAUCACACAUUCCCUAUUCAACAGAGGUUUUAUUUUUAUGUGUUUAAUUUUUUAUAGGAAAUUUAUUUGAUUGCAGCAAUAUUUCAUUUUUUUGGGUAAGACACCUUUUUGACUCAAAAUACAUGUCCGUGAGCGUAAUAUGUACAUGGUACCGUUAAUGUUGAUGUUAGGUUAGACAAGUUUGGUUCUCAACAGUAAACUUAGAUAUCGUAACAAUGUUGUUCAUUAUUCCGUAACAUAUUUUUUAGAGUCAGAAAUUUUAUGUUAAAAUUUUAUAUAAUAUAGGAAACUGAUUCAGUGGAUUUUAACUGAACAAGUGAGAGCCCCUCUCACUAGAAAUGACAGCUAUGUGAGCUGUCAAUCACUUUCAGGCUAUUUAUAAUUCUAUUAUUGAUUGGUGAGCAAAUUUUGAUGUGUAAAUUUCAAACAUGAAUAUGCAUGAAUGAUAUAUCAUUAUAUAUAUAUAUAUAAUAAUAAUAAUAUGCAUGUUGAUUAUUAAGACUAAGGUAUGUAUCAAUUGUUACCUGGGACCCGCCAGGCGAGGUAUGUGAUAGAUUUGGAUUUUAGCAUUAACAGUUUUUGAAAGUAAGUAUUUAAUGAGUGAUAUAAGUUGAUAGUUAGAAAAUAUCACGAUAUUUAAUUUUUAAGAUAAAAGUACCUGUUCAAAAAGACUUUUUUUUCUGUAGUAAGUUAUGUAUAAUUUAUUAAAAUAGCUUGUUUAGGUGCCAUGGAAACUACCAGUCCUGGCUUUUUUAUGAGUAUAGUUUCCAAGUCAUUGAUGGUUGGAAUCUAUUUCUCGACUAUAAACAGAUACUUUACUGUUUGUGAUUUGGUCAUGUUGCGGAUAUUAACAUGCAACAUUUGUUAUAGGGAAAGGAUUAUGACAUGCUUUCCUUGUACAUAGUGCGAUGUUUAUCUUUUUUUCGAGGUCGUUGAUUACAUGAACGGCUGCCAUGUUCACAUAUGGCCGGAGGAUUUCCAAGUCAUGUCAAUGUUUUACUUUUUUAUUGAUAAAUGAAGAAAUAUUGAAAAAAAUACAAUAAGGUUUUUAAUAAAGAUAAAAACAACAUAA